AUGGCGGCGUUGAAGGGGUUAUUGAAAAAAGGUUUAGGAGAAAUGGAUUUCAACACCGGUGGAGGACUCAUUAACUGGUUCCCAGGACACAUGGCUGCCGCCACACGUGCCAUCCGUAACCGCCUUAAACUCGCCGACCUCGUCAUCGAAGUCAGAGACGCUCGUAUUCCACUCUCCUCCAUCAAUGUCAAUCUUCAACCUCACCUCUCCGCUAAACGACGUGUCAUCGCACUCAACAAAAAAGACUUAGCAAAUCCCAACAUCAUGCAUAAAUGGGUGAAUUACUUUGAGACGAGUAAGCAAGAUUGCAUUCCGAUAAAUGCUCACAGUAAGAGUUCUGUUACGAAGCUUCUGGAACUUGUGGAGGUGAAAUUGAAGGAAGUGAUUUCGAAAGAACCUACUUUACUUGUUAUGGUAGUUGGUGUUCCUAAUGUUGGGAAAUCUUGUUUGAUUAAUUCCAUUCAUCAGAUUGCGAAUUCGCGAUUUCCUGUGCAGGAGAAGAUGAAGCGAGCUGCUGUGGGUCCACUACCUGGUGUUACUCAAGAUAUUGCAGGGUUUAAGAUAGCAAACAAACCAAGCAUAUAUGUCCUAGAUACCCCAGGGGUUCUGGUUCCAAGUAUCUCAGACAUUGAGACAGGGUUAAAGCUUGCUCUUGCAGGGUCUGUUAAAGAUUCAGUGGUGGGCGAGGAGCGAAUUGCUCAAUACUUUUUGGCAGUUUUAAAUACCCGGGGUACUCCAUUUCACUGGAAGCACCUCAAUAAUAGGAAAGUUGAUGGGAUUGCAAAUGAACCCGAGGAAAAUCAUAGAUACGACCUGAAAAAUCUUAAGCAAAGGAAAGGUGUGCCUAACCGAUCUGACUUGGUAUAUGUGGAGGAUAUUGUGCUCGGAGUUCAGCAUGCACUCUAUUCGACUCUAGCAGAAUUCAAUGGCAACGUUGAAGAUGAGAGUGACUUGGAGAACUUGAUUGACCUGCAGUUUGGUGCACUGCAGAAGGCGUUGAAGAUACCUCACAAGGCUUCAGAAGCACGUUUGAUGGUAUCCAAAAAGUUCCUUACUCUAUUCAGGGCUGGUAAACUAGGACCUUUUAUUCUCGAUGAUGUCCCUGUUGCCAAGCCUGUAUAA